AAGCACGCCAUGUUCAGCAGCCUUCUGAGCAACACCAAUACCCUACCAUAAUGUCCCCCCCUUGCCCAUCGAUGAAUGCCUCAAUUCGUGGACAAGAACGCCAGAAUAUUCAGCAAAUAACCGAGCAACACUAUGCCACAAUGACUAUUUCGCCUCUCCCCGCCGUCAACAUGGCGUCUCACUCGAUGUCACAGAGCUCGACAACAUCCCCCGAUGACGAGCUCAUAGUAUCUAGACGUCUAUAUCACCACCAUCCGAAUACAACGCCAAUCCUUGAUUCACGUUUCCCCGGUCAGACUGAUUUUCCUGGCUCAUCAACAUCGGCCAAGAGUUUCGCUUCCCCAGGCAGGACGCUCAUUGCUAACUCACCAAAUCACAACACCACAAACCAAUACACAGGUUACGGCGUCACUUUCCACAACCCCCCAAGCUUCCAUAGUUCCUACCGCAAUACGGUAACAAAGAACAAUAUCCCGCCAUCCAGCUCACUGCCAACGCCUCACUUACCGCAAAAUGUCCCUCCCAAUACAGGUUUUGCGUCUUCCAGCUCCUACCCUGAAUCAUUCGCCCAUGAUUUUGGGACACAACAUAGCUCACAACUAGCUGGUCUUCCAUAUCAGCCAGCCCCGCAUAUGGCACCUUCACCAUCCAUUCACUCACAAGAAUCCUCGUCCACCACAUUUCAUUGCGAUUGGCUUGACAAAAACAAUAAGCUCUGCGUAUUUGAAGGGUCGCUGGUUGAUUUAAAGAAGCAUGUCACAAGCAAACAUCUGUUAGGUGCUCAAAACGCGUCAAAUAGAUGCCACUGGCAAGGUUGCGAGUAUCAAAAACGCGCAGAUCCAACCGUCCACGACAUGCGGCGCGAUAGUACGUGGCGCCAUGUCCGGGAGAAACAUCUAAAGAUGAAGAGGAAGAAGAAGAUCUAAUCUUUUUGCGUUCGUAUUGUGCACUUUUCAGUCUCCUUUCUCCUUCGGCACCGAGGGCAGGCCUCAAGUUGCGUAUAGAGUUGUGUAUUGUUGCACUUGUUAGUAUCGCUAUCGUUCCAUUCUUUCUGUUAUCAUGUAACGAAAUGAGUACGGUCGCAAGUUCAUUCUUUGGUAUACUUGGACGUAAUACGAUUGUAUUUUAUUUUUAGUCGGUUGUCAAGAGCCUUGUUUCUGGAGGUUGAUGAGCC